UGCAAAUAUUCUGACCCGCGGAUAAAAAGGAUACGAUCCUAGUUCCCCAUUAAGGCUUCCUAAAUUCUCGAACUUCAGUCAUGGUUCGCGUGCUGUUCCUCCACCCGGACCUGGGCAUCGGAGGAGCCGAGCGCCUGGUGGUGGAUGCGGCACUGGCCCUGAAAGAGCGGGGCCACCAGGUGAGCUUCCUGACGAAUCACCACGACAGCACGCACUGCUUCAAGGAGACGGCGGAUGGGAGCUUCCCGGUUCAAGUGGUCGGCGACUGGUUGCCACGCGGACUCUUUGGGAGAUUCUACGCCAUCUGCGCCUAUCUGCGCAUGCUCUAUGCGGCGAUCUACGCCAGCUUCUUCAUGCCGCAGCGGGCGGAGGUGGAUGUGGUGGUCUGCGACCUGAUUUCCGUCUGCAUUCCGGUUCUCCGCCUGGCCAGCCAUCGUCCACGUGUCCUCUUCUACUGCCACUUCCCCGAUCAGCUACUCAGCGCAAGGGAGGGUCUGCUGAAGCGCCUGUACCGCCUGCCCAUCAACUGGCUGGAGGAGCACACCAUUGGUUUGGCCGACAAGGUGCUGGUCAACUCCAAGUUCACGCUGCGCGUCUUCCAGGACACCUUCCGCCGGCUGAGCACGGUGCCCGAUGUCCUGUAUCCCUCGCUGCACACCCAGUAUUUCGAUCAGAUGCAGAAGAAGCUGGAGCAGCGAUCUGCGCUGCUGGAUGAGCCUGUGCAUCCGCGAGUGCCGCGCAAUGCCUUCAUCUACCUGGACAUUAAUCGGUACGAGAGGAAGAAGAACCACGCGUUGGCCCUGCACUCGCUGCGCCUCCUGGGCGACAUGCUGCCCGCUUUGGACUUCAAGCGAUGUCGUUUGAUCAUUGCCGGUGGCUACGACACCCGCUGCAUGGAGAAUGUGGAACAUUAUGCUGAGUUGGAGCAGCUUACGGAGGAGCUGAAGCUGCAGGAUCAUGUGGUUUUGCUGCGCUCGCCCACGGACGAGGAGAAAUGCCGCCUGCUCUUCGCCGCCCAUUGUCUUCUGUACACGCCCGAAAACGAGCACUUUGGCAUUGUGCCCCUGGAGGGCAUGUACUGCUCCAAGCCAGUGGUGGCCUUGAAUAGCGGCGGACCCACGGAAACGGUGGUUAAUACUUCAACCGGUUUCCUUUGCGAGAAGCAGGAGAAGAGCUUCGGGGGAGCCAUGUACCAGCUCUUCCGCGACGAACCGCUGCGCCUGAAGAUGGGCGACCAGGGUCACAAGCGGGUGCAGCAGAAGUUCUCCUUCCAGGCCUUUGCCGACCGCUUGAAUUCCAUCAUCCAGGAGCUCGUGCCCAUUCCAAAGAACUCUAGCGAUAAGAAAAAUGAAUAAAAUUCCAGUUAAAACGGC